AUGAGGGCAACAUACUCUUGGAUAUUCUUGAUCUGCCUUGGCAUUGGACUGUGUGGAGCUGCUAAGGCACCCAAAGGAGCUGCCAAAGGUGUUGAGCCACUUGCACCACCACCACCCGAUCUAGCGCAGGAACUGAUGGAUAUCUAUAGUCUCAUACAGUUUAAGCCACUUGAUCAACUCUUUGUGCGUUACUUGAUGAACGAUGCACAGUUCCAGGCCUUUGUGCGUAUCCUGAACAGCAAUGCAGGAUUCACGGCACGUUGGCGUCUGCUCUCCCAGCCGGAGUUGGUGAUGUUCCGCCAAUGGGUUAACCAACAAUUGCUUAUAUCUCACGGAAAGUUUGAGCUGGAGAAGAUGGAGAUAUGUGUGACUUUGAUCAAUCGAUAUCCCUACUGGUCGGGCACUGUUUCCGGCUGGCAGGGAUUCCUCAACGAACUGGAGAUGUACUUCCCACAAUACGCUAUACAAGCACAAAUUCAGGCCAAGGCUCUGUUGCCGGGAAUCUUUGCUGAAUUCUGGACAAGAUUGCAGGCUCUACAGGUUGUCUACGAGCGUUGGCUCGCCAUGCCCACCACCCAGAUGAUUGUCACCCAACUGCAGACCGAGGGCAUUGAUACCGUCUACCUUGAUACGUUGAUACGUAAUCUCCUUGGCUGGAAUGCAGUAAAUGGCACAACUACAACUGCAAUUCCUGCACUCAAUCCCACUGUGCCUCCUGGUGCUGUAAUGCCACCAGGAAGUUCACUGAUCUUUUAAUAUUCUGUCAAUAUAUCUAAUAUAUAUUUGUAUAAAUUUUGAACUAGCAGAAUUAA